AUUGCUGAUUUCUUGCUGCGAAAUGGAGCACUUUUCCCGAAUCAAUUGCGCAAUUUGGCCGCUCUGAUCAUCCAAAAAUGGUGGAAGCAAUUACGAUAUGGUGAUCGUGUUGGCGGAAGGAGACGAUUCAUCGUUCGUGGACCAUCGCCACCUCGACAGACAACGGUUCGACGGCCGCGCAUCAUACAAGCCUAG